AUGAUACAGGAAGUUGGAAUCAUCGAUAUUGACUACAUUCGUUGUUACAUGGGAAAUUCACUGGGACCCCUCACAGCAAGAAUAUCGCACUUUUUUGAACUUAUUGGACCAAGUUUUUCCACGGAAAGUGGCUGCUCCACCUCGAUUGCAGGGGUGGACAUGGCUUUCGACAGUCUACGAAAUGAAGCCUGCGAUGUUGCAAUAUCAAUUGGAGCUAACUUAUUACUCCAUCCAUUUACACCAGGACUAUUGGAAGGAUUUGUGGCACCCAACGGAAGAUGCAAGACGUUUGAUGCAGCGGCUGAUGGAUUUGGAAGAGCCGAGGGAGUGGGUGUUUUAAUCCUAAAAAGACUGUCCAACGCAGUUUUAGAUGGGGACAGGAUCUGGGGAGUAAUUCGGAGCUCGGCCGUCGUUCAAGAAGGAACAAGCAGGAGUAUGGGUACUCCAACUGUAAAUGUGGAAGCUAAAGCCAUGCAGUUGGCCAUCAACCGAGCCGGCAUCUUUCCCGAUGAUGUGGACUACGUGGAGACGCAUGGAACAGGCACUCGAAUAGGAGAUCCGAUCGAGGUUGCUGCUAUAGCCAAGGUCUACUCAUCUGUUAGCCGGGAACCGUUAGUAAUUGGAUCCGUGAAGACAAACAUCGGGCAUACCGAAUCUGUUUGCGGGAUUGCUGGGAUCCAUAAAACUGUGCUUGCAAUGCAUCAUAAUCUCAUCCCGAAACAUUUGAACUUUACUCAACUAAACCCAGAAAUAGACUUGGCUGCUAUCCCAGCUCAACUACCGCUCCAAGCUAUUCCAUGGGGAAGAAAGGACAAUGGGCGACCUAGAAUUGCUGGGAUCAAUUCGUUUGGAUUAACAGGAGCUCAAGCUCAUCUGAUUCUAGAAGAACCACCGCUACAGGAGCCACGAAGGAUAUUUACCACCAGAGAUACGCGACAACAUAAAAUUCUGACAUUCUCGGCAAAAACGGAGGCAGCAUUGAACGCGCAAGUGGCAGCUUAUAAAGAUUUGCUUGAAUCAUCAAACACUAUUUCACUAGUAAACUUGGAGUACACAAUGCACACAUCACGGCCCCAUUUCCCACUUCGAAAAGUUGUCAUCGGAUCCACAAAAGAGGGACUUCUAUCAUCCAUUGAAUCUAUCCAGAAACCACUAGGUGUGCUCCCCACACCACCUCGGCUCUGCUUCUUGUUUACAGGUCAAGGUUCGCAGUAUACAGGCAUGGCAAGAUCUCUUUAUGAUCAAAGCGCCCUAUUCAGAUCCAGUUUCGAUUGGUGUGACUCGAUCUUGACCUUGCGGUAUGGAUUGCAACUUAAGAAAGCUCUUUGGGAAGACGACCAAAGUGGUCUGCUAAGUUCGACAUUGUACAGUCAAACUUCAAUAUUUUGCAUAGAAUAUUGCCUACUUCGAUUGUGGGAGUCUUGGGGUGUUAUACCAGAAGCUGUACUGGGCCAUAGUCUCGGAGAGUUUACGGCAGCGGUAGCAGCUGGAAUUUUGGAACCGGCGGAUGCUAUCAGGUUGGUGGUCACCAGGUCCAAACUCAUUGACGCUCUCCCAUCGUCGGGUAUGCUUGUCGUUGCUUGCAAUGUUGAUACUGUUCAAAAAGAAAUGAACAGAGCAUUUUCCAACACUAAUAACUGGCUUGACACUGCCGCUGUCAACUCGUCGACCCAAACUGUUGUGUCUGGAUCAAGCCACGCGAUUAAUGAUUUCAAAGCAUAUUGUGACAAUAAUGGAAUUAAGACUCACAUCCUUGACGCGUCCCACGGUUUUCACUCUAAAUUGAUGGACCCCAUAUUUGAGGAUUAUGAUCAACUUUUAUCGACGAUUAAAUUCAGAAAGCCAAAUAAAUGCAAGUAUAUAUCAGGCGUCGAGGGGCGAGUUGUAUCAGAGGUUGACAAAAACUACUGGUGGCGACAUACCCGGGAAAAAGUUAGCUUCCUCGAUGCCAGCAACACGGCUGAAAUAGAGGGGUUGACCAUGUUCCUAGAAAUUGGACCACAUCCAGUUCUAUCUGCCUUGAUUUUGACAAACUUGGAUGAGAUAUCCAAUGAAAUAUCUGCAGUUCCGUCUUUACGCCGGAAAACAAAUGAAUGGGAGACUAUGUUAUAUUCGUUGGGCAGACUAUACUCAUUUGGUGUUCCUAUAAAUUGGGAAAACAUUCACAGAUAUUCGGAUGGAACCAAAAUUGAAAUUCCUGGUUAUCAUUUUGAACAACACAGCCACUGGAUUACAUUCAAUGACGAUGGUUCCCUUCCAUUUCAUCCUUUACUUGGCGGAUUUGUUCCCAACCCUGGCGCUGUAACCGUUUUCAAAAACAAUAUCAAUGUCAACCGCGUGCCGUUUUUGAAAGAUCACAGAGUGGGAGAUAAAAUGCUGUUUCCUUGUGCUGGUUAUCUGGAUAUGUGUAUGACUGCUGGGUACGCGGCAGCUAAUUGCCCCGAUGGUGUAUUUGUUAAACCACUAAAAGCUUUGUGUAUCCAAAAUUUUGAAAUUCACACUCCGGUUUGCAUGAGCGAAGCGAGCCCGACAGAAUUUCAGAUUACUCUAGAUAACUCUGAUGGGAAGACUUUUGUGACAAUUUUCACAAGGAUGAAGAUGGAGGACAAACAAUACAAAUGGAUUCGAAAUGCUUCAGCAAAUUUUGCAACCAUAACGCCUUCCCCUUCUGAUCCGAUGUUAUAUGACUUUGCAAAAAUUAAAGCUAGAUGCUCAAAUGAAGUGGCUGCAAAUAGAAUGUACGAUUACGAUGAACUUCUUGACUACGGAUUUAAUUUUGGGCCCUCACUACGCGUUGUACAGGGUGGUUGGAAAAAUUUGGACAGAUUUAUUAUUCACCCAUGGGCCGUGGACCCCAUGUUACAAACCCCACUUGUAGCGUUUGGCCAUCUACAUCCGGAGCAUCUGAAACGGCUCGCCGUCCCGAUUGGAACGGAAUACGUGGAUACUACGCUUCCAAAUAUUCUUGCCCUUAUUGAUUCUCAUCGAAGACCCUAUCCAACUAUGGCCGACAUUGAUUGGAAACAAUGGCUCGGUCCAGACGAAAGGAGAAGUAACAAUCAAGAUAUUUGCCUGAAAGAUUCUUCAAGCAUGCUCGACAGAUGUCAUAGUUUGACGGAAACUGAAGCUAAAUUUUGUUCAGAUAUAAGAAAACUUGCAGGCCUCUACAUGCUAAAGGCAAUGGUGGAAUUAAAAUUGGACGACAAUAUGUGGGAACUAUCAGAAAUUUGUGAAAAAUUUGCGAUAAUUCCAUCAUUAAGCAACUUUCUUCGCUACAUUUUUCUUGAACUUGGGAAGGAUGGAUGGAUAAAUCAAAUUGAUGACAACCGAUAUCAACUACUGAAGCAACUGCCAUAUCUGGAUCCGCUACCCUGGGUGGACAACGUUUGGGAAACUUUAUCAAAAAUACUAACUGGGAAGCUUGAGGCCCUACAAAUGUUGUUAUCUGGAAAUGAAAAAUCUGGAGUAGUCGAAUUAUUCUACAAACAAUCUUUUAUGAUGCAAAGUAGGGCCGUCCUGAAUGAUGUGGUGUGCGAAAUCCUAACUCUAUUUGCAAAUUCCGCGAACAAGGCUGUGGUGAGGGUACUGGAAUGUGGGGCUGGGUUGGGGUCUGGAACAUCAUUAAUGCUGGACAACAUAGCAAAGAUUGGGGCAUCCCAUUUUGAAUAUACAUACACGGAUAUAUCCCCUGAGUUUUUAGAGAAGGGCGACAAACUUAUCAGAGAGACUGAAAUUUCUGCAAAGGCCGGUCUCUUUAACCUGGAUAAGGAUCCUUUCUCACAGGGACUAAUUCCUGCGCAUUACGACAUACUUGUGACUUCCUUCGUCGUUCAUGCAGCUCGUGAUAUUCAAGAAGCAUUGAUGCACAUGAGAAAGCUAUUAAGGUCAGGAGGUAUUAUUUUGUUAACGGCACAGGUUGCCUCAAAUAGAGAGUUUAACUUAACUUUUGGGGGGCUCAGUGGAUUCUGGAAACUUGAAGAUACUUAUACGCGACCAUGGAAUUACGAACAAUUGCAGUCGAUUAGCAAUUGGACCAGCCAGCUAGAAAAUUGCGGUUUUGAGGAUAUUCUUACAUUGCAAAUUUACGGCGCUAAUGCUUUAGUAAUGGCAAAACUCAAGUCAGAUCCAGUAAUACCAAGAGGGACAAAAUGUAAUCACCCCGGGGUCUGGAUUAUAUUCUCCGAUGAAUCCUUCCUGUCUACUGAAGUGAUUGGUGAACUUCAUGGACUUAAUUUUGUGGUUCAGAGCAUCUCGUGGGAUAGAAGAGACGAAACUGAAACAAUACUAACAUCUGCAUCAACUUGCGAGGACAAUUGGGUUGGUGUAAUCUAUUUAUGGGGACUUCGUGAUGACGCCACUACAGAAGACAUUUGUAAACCGUAUCUAACCGUAUGUCAAUCCUUGGCCAAAUUGCAACGCUCUCUUAAGCUCCUGACUGUGACUCAGGGCAAUUUAUCGACUGGAUCGUUUGACUUUUGUUCCCGUAAUCCCAUCUCAUCACCGUUGAUAGGAAUGACAAAUGUUCUGGCUAAUGAAAAUCCCGAUAUUCAAUGCAAGUCUGUGGACAUUGAUACCUCCCGUAAUUCUGCUAUAGAAUUAGUAACCGAAAUAUUUAUGGACGACACUGACAUCGAUUUCAACUUAUCCUGCCGCAAUCCCAUAUCAUAUCUGAUCUUUAUUUUUCCCCGGCUGAAUCUGAAACAAUUGGCCCCAAAUGAGGUUGAAAUUGAAGUGAAAGCUUACGCAUUAAACUUCCUGGAUGUUUUUAUGGUAACAAAACCAGAUCCGGUAUUUGACAAAUUCAAUUACAUGGGCAUGGAUAUCGCUGGGGUUGUGAAAAAAGUUGGGACCUCUUGCACAAGGAAAGUUGGGGAACGUAUCCUAAUGGCCCGCAGAACCGGAAUAGCAAUGCCCAGCCACAGAGUUACCCCGGAAGAAGCAGUAAUAAGUAUUCCGGAUGAAAUGACAUUCGUUGAAGCAGCGACUCUUCCAAUGGCGGUACUAACUUCAACAAACUGUUUACUAGAUGCUGCGAAACCGACACCGGACGACGUGGUUCUGAUUCACACUACUUCUGGUGGAGUUGGGUUAAUGGCCAUUCAGAUGGCGCAGCACAUAGGAUGUACAAUUGUCGUAACGGCGGGAAAUCAUCGAAAAAGAAACUAUCUGCGAAGCCUAGGAUUGGAAAAUAUUUUCAAUUCCAGAUAUACAGAUUAUGGCCGAGAUAUACGGGAUAAACUUGGUCGGGGCGUAAAUAUUGUGCUUAACUCAUUAACGGGACCCGGAUACAAGGAAGCCACCUUGGAGCUCUGCGAUGAGGGGGCCCGAUUCAUAGAAAUGAGCAAAAUAAAUAUUUGGAGCGAAGAUCAGGUGCAGAAAUUGCGUCCAGAUAUACAUUACCAAAUUGUUGAUGUUUCUACUAUUCCAGAAAGUAAACUAGUAGACCAGCUAAAAUUGUUACAAUCACACAUAUUUGGUGAAACUGACUUUAAACUGAGACCACUGCCAUAUACUCGUUUCUUGUUGUCCGAAAUUCGGGAGGCACUGGAAUAUAUGGAGAAGGUGAAACACAUCGGCAAAAUUGUUUUAACAAUGCCUGAGCCUGAUCCGAAGAUUAUCGGCUCGUAUUCCUUCCCCUUGUUUAAUGACAGUUCCACUUACCUUAUUACUGGUGGUUUGGGAGGAAUAGGACUUGAGGUGGCUAAAUGGAUGACAUCAUCCGGGGCGAGGAACAUCCUUCUGGUCGGCCGUAGAUCACCAAAACCAGAAGCCUUAGUUAAAAUUGAUGAAAUUAAACGUUUGGGAGUUAACCUUACAAUCGAAUUAUGCGACAUUGGAAACCCAGAUGACGUCGAGAAACUCUUUACACAUGUAGCAGCAACAAUGCUUCCAAUUAGAGGAAUUAUGCAUGCAGCAGGAAUUUUGGAUGAUGGAACUUGGGAGAACCAUACUUGGGAAAAAUAUCAAAACGUUUUCCAAGCCAAGGUUAACGGAGCUUGGAAUUUACAUCAAACAAGUCUCAAAUUGCAGUACUCGCUUGAACAUUUUGUUCUUUUCUCGUCUAUGGCAGCCACCUUAGGAUCACUCGGCCAAAGUAACUAUGUUGCAGCAAAUCAAUAUCUUGAUUCUUUAGCACACUACAGGUAUUCGCACGGACUGCCUGUAACCUGCAUAAAUUGGGGGCAGUGGUGUGAAGUUGGACUAGCAGCAAACAUGAGCCUUCCUCCCUUCAAACCUUUCACGAUACAUCAAGGAAUUGCCGCAUUAGAACAUGCUUUACUAUCUCAUAAGAUUCAAGUUUCUGCAUACGACGCCGAUCUCGCCUCUUUGCGACAAGUUCUAAACUCCACUCGUGGGCUUUUAUCCGAAGUUGAACAAAAUCAAAGCACUAGCUUAAGCGAAAUCGAUUCAGAUGGAUUUUGGAAAGAAUAUGAUGCUGGUCAGGAUCAUGGGCAAAAAAUAAAUGUAAUGAAACAGUUUUUGAAGAAACUCCUGCGAAUUACUCUAAAAAUGGACAAAACCGAAGAGAUCCAAGACCAUUUCUACUUCCAAGAUCUAGGAAUGGAUAGCUUACUUAUGGUUGAGGUAAAAAAUGGACUUCAAUCCUCAUUUGGUAAGCGGGUAAAAAUUUCAAUAACUGCUGUCAAGGAUUGCAAAACAGUGACCGAAUUAUCGGGAAAGCUGGUUGAACUAAUAUCUGGGAAAGAGCACCAACCUCCAACAAGAGAACAACUAAGAGAACUAAUAUCUCAGGAUAUAAACUUAGUGCACCAGAACAAAAUUGAUAAUAGACUUACAUCAACUCUUGUUCCACUGUCCCAAGUGGAAUGUAUUCUCCUGUUGGGUGCGACGGGGACCCUAGGGUCAUAUGUUCUGGUUGACCUGCUGAAGCAACAAUCAGUAAAAAAGGUAGUUUGUCUUAUGAAAUAUAACGCAAUGCAGUCUGCAAGAGACCGAUUCGUAAAGCUCAUGUCGACUAAAAACUUGUUGAGCGAGAUUGACAUGGAGAAACUUGAAUUUGUGACGGGAGAUGUUAGGCAUGCGAAACUCGGAAUGGAUGAGGCUGUAUAUACCAAACUUUCGGAGGAAGUGCACGCCGUCUUUAACCUUGCUGUCAAGAUUGCCUUCGAUGAGUUUUACAGUGAGACGAAUGACCCGAUGAGUAGUCGUGUAACGAAUGUUUUCGGUGUGAAAAACAUUUUAGAGUUUGUAGUGAGCAGACGACUAGAGUACGUUUACCAUGCAUCUAGCAUUGUCACUGAAAUUCGUGUAAGUGAAAAUCACCGAUUGCUGGAGGACUGGGGGGAUGAGGAAAUUUUGGAAUUGCUACCCAACUCAGCCUACCCAAUUUCGAAGUUAAUCUGUGACCGGUUAAUAGCGAAAGCUGUAGAAAAUGGCAUUCCUUGCAAAAGUUUUCGGUUUCCGCAGAUAGGUGGACACUCUACGACUGGAGCAAAUUCUCUGAUCGACAGCUUUAUGAUGAUGCAAUUCUUUUCAUAUAUGUAUCUUGGGAUAAUGCCAGCGCAAAACGUUCCGUUUUCUCUAUUACCUGUGGACCUCUGCUCAACGUUAUCUGUUCAACUAUUUUUCGACCCCAAUGCGGGAUUAGAGAUGUUCAACGUCUUCAAUCCUCAUUUGGGUGAUGAGGUGGACUUUGAGGACCUUGCGUGUGAAUUUGGGAUCGAAAUUGAGACAUUGGACCCGGACGACUUCAUAAAAACGGUGGAAGAUAUGAAGCAAAAUGAAAAACUUGAGGCUGAUAUGCUGCAACUAGUUCAGUUUGCACUAACUUAUAAAGCUCAAUUUUACAGCUUAAUAGACGCUGAGCUCCCAAUGUACAUGUCAUGGAUUCGUGGGAAUAAGAGCAUUUACUUAAGUGAAAAGUUAGAGCGAUUAAUUCCGUCAGAUUAUCCAGAAUCCAUUCCGAAUUCAUGGAAUGUUUUACGAAAAGAUUUACAGCACGCUAAAGAAUUGGGUUUGUUCGAUCGCUACAAAAUCAAACACAGUAAGGAAAAUUGA